ACCCUUAAUUUUUCUAUAGGGACAUCUAAGAAAGAGAGAUAGAUCUGGUAAAAUAGGCUCCCAUGACGAACCUAGAGGCCGGAAUGAGCAGCGAUGGUGCAGUAGGAGGGGAGUAUCAAGUGUUCCUGAGUUUUAGAGGACCGGACACUCGUCAUGGAUUCACCAACUGUCUCUAUCACGCCUUGGUAGAUGCAGGAAUCCGCGUCUUCAGGGACGAUGAUGAACUCCGUGUUGGGGAAGUGAUUGGUGGAGAGUUGCUUCGGACCAUCGACAACUCCAUACUCUACAUACCUAUCUUUUCUCAAAGCUACGCUACUAGUAAAUGGUGCCUCCGAGAGCUCACUAGGAUAGUGGAGAACACAGACGCCUCUAAUAGAUCUGAGGGGAUUAAGAAGAAGAUACUUCCCAUUUUCUUCGACGUGGAACCUGAAGAUGUGAAGCUUAAAACGUCAUCGUAUAGUGAUGCCCUGCUGGAGCAUGAGAAGAAGGUCCCUGAGGAAGUCAAGGCAUGGCGAAAGGCUCUUGUGCAGGUAGAUGAAAUCAAGGGGUGGAAUCUGAACAAGGAUGAAGGCCAGGGACAUCUUAUCAAGUUGGUUGUUGAAGAGGUUCUGGAUAAUUUGAAGAUAAAGCAUAAACCUGUGACUGAACAUUUAGUUGGACUCCCUGAUCGGGUAGUAGAUGUCAUGAAAUUACUAGACAUCAACUCUGGUGAUGUGCGGCUAAUUGGAAUUCAUGGAAUGGGUGGUAUUGGUAAAACAACGCUAGCCAAGAUCAUCUUCAACCAACUAUCUUCGCACUUUGGAAAGCGACGCAGCUUCCUUGAAGACAUUCGCGAAGAGUCGAGGAAGGAUAGCUUAGUCAAGUUGCAGGAGAAAUUGCUGUCCGAAAUUAUUAAUUCUAAAGUAAUAGAAAGAAUUCCUGAUGCUGAUUAUGGCAUGAGGAGGACCGGAGAAAUUCUUUGCAAUAAGAUGGUUCUCAUAGUUCUUGAUGACGUUGACAAGGGCGAACAAAUCGAGAAACUACUAGGAAAAUACUCUCUGUAUCCAGGAACUAGGAUAAUUGUUACGACUAGGAAUACGGGUGUGCUGCAGAUAAAGGGAUUUAAGUAUACAGUUCUACCUUAUCAGAUGGAGGAGCUAAACUUUAAUCAUGCACUCCAGCUUUUCGAAAGGCAUGCAUUUGGUGGAGACUCUCCUUCACAUGAUCAUCGUAUCCUUGCUAGGGAAAUUGUCUCUACUACCGGAGGGCUUCCUUUGGCUCUUGAAGUGAUAGGUUCACUCCUCUAUCGAAAGCCGAGAGCAAUAUGGAGGAGACAUUGGAGAAGUCAAGAGAAAUACCUGAGAAUGAGGUCCAAAGGAAGUUGAAGAUUAGCUAUGAUGCGCUAGAUGAUUAUCAGCAACAGAUUUUUCUUGACAUUGCAUGCUUUUUCAUUAAUGAGGAUACGACUAAUGCAAUUUACAUGUGGACUGAGUGUCAGUUUUUUCCUGAAGGCGGAAUCGAUGUCCUUAUUAGCAUGUCCUUGAUAAAGAUAUUAGAUAACAGAAGAUUUUGGAUGCAUGAUCAACUAAGAGAUCUUGGAAGGGAAAUUGUUCAUAAAGAAAGCCUGACAGACCCUGGAGAGCGUAGUAGAUUGUGGAUAAGCGAAGAGAUCCACGAAAUAUUAAGAACGAAGGAGAGCAAGAAGAAGGUUCAAGCAUUUGAUCUAGAUGGAAAGUAUACUCUGAUCUUGAUCACAGAUAAACAGCUUGAAAGGUUUCGAAGUUUAAGAUUUCUAAAGUUAUGUGAUGUAACCUUUAUUGGAGAUUUCUCAGAUUGUCUUUCAAAGAUAAGAUGGUUUUGUUGGCAUUCUCCUCCAACAAGUUUUUGGGCGGUCAAUAUGCAUUCAAGAAAUAUAGUUGUUCUUGAACUUUCUGACAAUCACUUUACAGAUGAUUCAAAUGUGUGGAGCUUAAUGAAGAUGGCAACCAAAUUAAAGGUUCUAACUCUCAAAAAGUGUUUCGGCAUUACCAGAACUCCAGACAUCUCCAAGUGCUUGAUGCUAGAGAGGUUGACUCUUGAAAGAUGUGACAAUUUGACAGAAAUUGACUGUUCAAUUGGAAGAUUGAGGUGCCUGAUUGACUUGAAUAUAAACGGCUGCUCACGUCUUGAAGAGUUGCCUAAAGAAGCUGGAGGGCUAGAGAACCUUAAGCGCUUCUCUUUGACAGAUUGCUAUAGGGUGAGCAAACUUCCCGACUCAAUUGGGAAAUUAGCAUCCUUGACGGAGUUGUUUCUAUCAAAUAUGAGAGUUACAAGCUUACCUGAUUCAAUCUGUAGACUAAAAUAUCUGUCAAGUCUCUAUGUAUCAAGAAUGCCAAUCACCGAACUUCCAGACUCUAUUGCAGCACUUGUGAAACUCAAGUCUUUGUCUCUGAUUAGCACUGAGAUCAGAGAGCUUCCUAUCUCCAUCGGAAAGCUGAAAUCAUUGCAUGUGUUGGAUUUUUCAUGUAAGAUGAUACCUAUAUUAACUGGAAAAAGGUGGAAGCUUCCUAAUGCUAUUGGAAUGUUGGAGAAUCUUGAAGAGAUACAUGCUGAGCGCUGUGAAGAAUUGGAAGGCAAAAUUCCUGAUGAAGUUGGAAACUUGCUAUUGUUGAGAAUCCUAGAUUUAUCAGAUACACGAAUAGAUGCCGUGCCUAGCACAAUCAGCAUGCUUCCUCGCCUCCAAGAACUGGACUUAAGUAGAUGUCAUGAGAUUAAAGAGUUGCCAAAGCUUCCCACAAGCUUGAUCUGUUUACGUGUUGAAUCUCGCUCGCUACUGUUGGUCCCAAAUCUGUCGAACUUGACUAAUUUGGAGGAAUUGCUUCUUUCUGAUGGCUCUAGAUAUAUGAACGGAUCAGAUUUAAUGCAGACUUCUGACUUGUCGUGGAUUGGGAGGUUAUCCAAAUUAAACAAGUUGGAACUGCGCCUCUGGAACAACCCCACCCCGCCCACAGAGUUAAGCUCCCUUAUUCUCCUGGAAGAACUUACUUUGUCUAGUCUGGACCUGCAACCUCUCGAGCAGCUUCCAUCUUCCUUGUUGGAGUUGCGGCUUGAUAACUUCAACUCAACCAGAUCACUAUCAUCCAACUUGAGAAGUUUGUCGAUAUUAGUGCUCUGUGGCUCUCGAGUGAAAGAAAUACAACUCCAUGGGCUUCUACAAUUGAGAAAUUUGACCGUGGAGUGUUGUGAACUCCUAGAAAGAUUGUCCAUCCUAUCAAGCUUAAAGAACCUGAUUUAUAUCCGGGUGUGCAAAUGCUCACAGCUGGUUGACAUUCAAUUCCAUGGUGUGAUGGAAUCGCUGCAGUACUUGUCAAUUGAGGAUUGUGAGUCUGUCGAAAGGUUACAUGCUGAAGUCUCCAACGAUUUAGAGUCUACGAGUGAGUUGGCUUUUUUGGGGAGAGAGUUUCCAUUCUAUCAACCGCCCUAAAGAAACUGAAAGAAUGCAGUUUGGUAAGUUGCGGAAAGCUACUCGAAAUUCAAGUUGUUGGUAUGUUGGAAUCAUUGGAAUACUUUCUCCUUUACCAUUGCCAUGCUAUAACAAGGCUAGGUGGUCUGGCAAACAUAAAGAACCUGCGCCAUUUAGCCAUCGGGAUGUGUUCUCAAUUAAGGGUUGUCGAGGGACUCGACAAAUUAGAGAUACUGGAUGAGUUGAAUAUUUUUGGAUGUUAUUCACUGGAAAGGCUGAUAGAUGCGUGGACCACAAAAAUACCAGAUGAGUGCCGUAUAUAUUUUACUAACUGCGGGGAGUUACUGGACUCUGAUCCAGUCGGAGACAACAAUGUCCCGUUCGAGCGUUAUAAAGAGAUGAUUCUUCGGGGAACAGCAGACACCCAAUCAGAGACCAAGAACUCUGAAUUGGAGACUGAAAAGGAGGCUAAAAUGAAAGGGGAUGCCGAAGAGCACGAGACUGAGCUUCAGCUACAGUUCCAACCAUCUACAAGUUCUCGGGAUCAUGAAAUUAUCGAAGAGCCUCCCGUUGACCAUGUCAGAGAAAGGACUUCGCCUGGAGAGCAAAACCAGACCACGGAGCAAGACUCGAACCCUAUAAGUCUAGAUGAACUUGCUCCACCAAGAACAUUUUCUGAUAGGUUCAAGACAUGCUUAGUGAGCAUAUUGGAAUGUAUCUGCAACCGUGACUUUCCUAGAUUUAAAGGUGAAAUUCUUUGAAGGUCAUAACAGAAGAAGCAUAUGAAGGAUAAUUCAGAAUAAGUGGAGACGGAAGACGAAGUCAAGUCUUGCCAUUUUGGUUGAUUGAAGAGCUAAGUGAUGGCAUCGAAAGAAAACUUUCGGACUCCUCUUGAUCAACCUCAAGGGCGACUACAGUCAAGGGACAAGUGCUCCAGAAACAAGAACUCAUGUUGCAUAGGAUUUUCCUCUGCGUUGGGGAUUCAUUAUCCAUUUGUCUGAGUUUCUUCAAUCAUUGACGGCAUGGGAUAAACCAACGAACGCAUGACAGGCAGCUGAACAGCACUGAUAUACAUUUUCAACCAAAGAUUAGGUGGUUGGUUAGUUGUAAUCUCUAUCAAUAUUCAUUGGCCAAGAUUUAAUAGAAGUUGCCUAAUAUUGGAAGCAUUGUCUUCCUAAAAAUUGGACUUAAGACACAUUUUGUAUAUGUCAGUUUUCAUCUUGUAUUCACCUUUAGAUUGAUGAGGGAAUCGUUCUACA